UUUCGUUCCUCCAUUUCAAUUCCAUCCUUUAAUUUCUUCCACAUUUAACAUUUUCUAUACUUCCAAUUUUUUUAAUCUUCAUUAUCACCUCUUUUUCAAACCCCUUUUCUGUUCUUAAAAGCUUCAAAAGUUUUCUUAAACAAAUUGUUUCUGAUUCGUUGCUUACAUGUGCGUUGUCUUCCUCUUCCAUAAUCUAUAUCAUCUUCCUCUUCCAUAAUCUAUAUCAUCUUCCUCUUCUUCUUUCCGCCAUUAAUGGGGCUCUUAAGCUUUCGCCUUUUUCUCUGUAUAUAACCAUUUCACUUCCUCGUCGGAGGUUUUAAGGUGGUUCCUCUGUUUAUUCAUCAUUCUUAGGUAAUGGGUUUGUCUUUCUUUUUGUCUUUUUUAGGGUUUUUUUAUGUUGGAAAAAUGGAAAAUGGAAUUUGGUUUGAUUUGAUUUCGCUUUAAUUGAAAUGGGAUUCAAAGGAAUUAAAGAACAGAGGUUUCUGUAAAAAAAAAUGAUGAUCAUGGACGAAAGAUGAGAUUUUCCGAUCUGGGUUCUUCAGAAAAUAGUCUAAUUUGGUGAUUGGAUUUGGAAUUGAUGCCGGAAUCUGUCAGAGCGUCGCCGCAAGCGGCGGAGCCAAGCUUACCGAGGAAGAAGAUGACGAAGCAAUUGACAGGAAAAAGGGAUGAUACAUCAUUGCAUUCCGCCGCGAGAGGGGGAAAUCUGACGGCGGCGAUGGAGAUUCUGUCGAACGCCGAUGAGGUUAAAUUGAAGGAAUUAUUGGCAAAGCAAAAUCAUUCCGGCGAAACGGCUUUAUACGUGGCGGCGGAAUAUGGGUACGUGGAUUUAGUGAGGGAAAUGUUGAAAUAUUACGAUCUGGCGGAUGCUGAGAUCAAAGCAAGAAAUGGAUUUGAUGCUUUUCACAUUGCAACAAAACAGGGCGAUUUGGAGAUAUUGAGAGUUCUAAUGGAGGCUCAUCCGGAGUUGUCCAUGACGGUCGACAUAUCGAACACGACGGCGUUGCACACGGCGGCGACGCAAGGCCACAUUGAGAUUGUAAACUUUCUGUUGGAAGCCGGUAGUGGAUUGGCUACCAUUGCUAGAAGCAAUGGGAAAACUGCUCUGCAUUCUGCAGCUAGAAAUGGGCAUUUGUUGGUGGUUAGAGCGCUCGUCGGGAAGGAGCCGAUCGUGGCGACGAGGACGGAUAAGAAGGGGCAGACUGCGCUGCAAAUGGCGGCGAAAGGACAGAACCUUGAGGUUGUGGAGGAGCUGAUCAAGGCGGAUCCUCGGUCUGUAAAUAUGGUUGACAAUAAGGGCAACACUGCUUUGCAUAUUGCUGCAAGGAAGGGCAGAGCUGAGAUUGUUAAACUUCUUCUCAAGCACAACGGAACGAACACGAAGGCGGUAAACCGAUCGGGGGAGACAGCUCUCGACACGGCGGAGAAAACAGGGAACUCAGAAAUAGCUCUGAUUCUAAAAGAGCAUGGUGUGCAGACAGCAAAAGCAAUCAAACCAGAAGUGAAAAACCCAGCAAGGGAAUUGAAGCAAACAGUAAGCGACAUAAAACACGAAGUUCAUUACCAACUCGAACACACUCGACAAACCCGAAGACGGGUCCAAGGCAUAGCGAAACGUCUAAACAAAAUGCACGCCGAGGGCCUAAACAACGCCAUCAAUUCAACAACCGUGGUAGCUGUUCUUAUAGCCACAGUGGCAUUUGCAGCCAUUUUUACUGUCCCUGGUCAGUAUGUGGAUGAUCCAGAUGACAUACCACAAGGCUUCUCACUUGGGGAAGCCAAUAUAGCGCCCAAAGCUCCCUUUAUAAUCUUUUUCAUAUUUGAUUCGAUAGCCCUCUUCAUAUCACUAGCCGUUGUGGUAGUUCAAACUUCAGUUGUGGUUAUAGAAAGCCAAGCCAAGAAGCAGAUGAUGGCCAUUAUAAACAAACUAAUGUGGCUCGCUUGUGUGCUCGUUUCUGUUGCUUUCUUGGCGCUUUCGUUUGUCGUCGUCGGUGAGCGCGAGAAGUGGCUCGCCAUCGGAGUAACGCUCAUCGGAACCACCAUAAUGGCCACCACAUUGGGCACCAUGUGCUAUUGGGUCAUCAAACAUAGAAUUGAAGCAUCAAAUCUCAGGAGCAUAAGGAAGUCUUCAAUGGGGGGAAGCAGAUCCAAAUCCUUUUCCCUCUCAGUCAUGUCUGAUUCAGAGAUUCUUAACAAUGAGUUCAAGAAAAUGUAUGCAAUUUGAAACUAAUUUUCCCAGCGCCUUUUUUUUUUUUUUUUUUUUUUUUUUCCAAUAACCCUCCAGAGUUUUUGGCGUUUGAAAUUUUUCUCGGUCGGGUUAACGUGGAAAAAAUGUACACUUUUUUUUUUUUUAUGGAGAUGAAGAUUGUACAAUCUUCAAUUCUUCAAUUGCUCACUCAAAUUCCCUUAGACUUAUAUAAAAGACAUGAUUUGUACAUGUAUUAUUUUUAA